AGCCGAGCGAGGCCGCGUCUGCCGCGGCUGGGAGUAACUCAGGUGCAGCCCCGCCUCGCCCGCCCGCGGCCCCGCCCCAGCUCAGGUGAGCCGCCCCGCCCCGGCACAGAGCCGGCCCAGAUUGUGAGAACAGUAAGUGUGGCUCACAGAAGAGCAUUUUUAAAGAAAUACAAUCAUUGGGGUGAUACCAGAUUUAUAAUGGAGGUUCCCCCAGCAACCAAGUUUGGUGAGACCUUUGUGUUUGAGGACAGGUUAGAGACACAGCAAGAACUGUUCCCAGGGGAGGACCUGGGGGACCCUUUUCUUCAGGAAAGAGGCUUGGAACAAAUGGCUGUUAUCUACAAGGAGAUUCCUCUUGGGGAACAGGAUGAGGAACAUGAUGAUUACGAGGGGAAUUUCAGUCUGUGCUCAAGCCCUGUUCAGCAUCAGAGUAUCCCCCCAGGAAGCAGACCCCAGGAUGAUGAGAUAUUUGGCCAAACCUUCCUCCAGAAAUCUGACCUCAGUGUGUGUCAGAUAAUUCAUGGUGGAGAAGAGUCCUGUACAAGAGAUUGUGAGGAAACAGACAGAGGGGACUCGGGACCUAACACACCUCACAGAACCCCACCACCAGCCAAACCCUAUGCGUGUCGCGAGUGUGGGAAGGCCUUCAGCCAGAGCUCCCACCUUCUACGGCACCUGGUGAUCCACACCGGGGAGAAGCCCUACGAGUGCUGCGAGUGUGGGAAGGCCUUCAGCCAGAGCUCGCACCUUCUCAGACACCAGAUCAUCCACACUGGGGAGAAGCCCUACGAGUGCCGGGAGUGUGGGAAGGCCUUCCGCCAGAGCUCAGCCCUCACGCAGCACCAGAAAAUCCACAGCGGGAAGAGGCCCUACGAGUGCAGGGAGUGCGGGAAGGACUUCAGCCGGAGCUCCAGUCUCAGAAAACACGAGAGGAUUCAUACGGGAGAGAGACCUUACCAGUGUAAGGAGUGCGGGAAAUCCUUCAACCAGAGUUCAGGCCUGAGCCAGCAUCGGAAAAUCCACACCCUAAAGAAACCUCACGCGUGCGAUCUCUGUGGGAAAGCCUUUUGUCACAGGUCGCACCUCAUCCGACACCAGCGGAUUCACACCGGGAAGAAGCCUUACAAAUGUGAAGAGUGUGGCAAGGCCUUCAGCCAGAGCUCCAACCUCAUCGAGCAUCGGAAAACCCACACUGGCGAGAAACCCUACAAAUGCCACAAGUGUGGCAAGGCCUUCAGCCAGAGCUCCUCACUUAUCGAGCACCAGCGGAUCCACACCGGGGAGAAGCCCUACGAGUGCUGUCAGUGCGGCAAGGCCUUCUGCCACAGCUCGGCGCUGAUCCAGCACCAGCGGAUCCACACCGGCAGGAAGCCCUAUGCCUGCGAGUGUGGCAAGGCCUUCCGACACAGGUCGGCCCUCAUCGAGCAUUACAAAACACACACCAGAGAGAAGCCCUAUGUGUGUAAUCUGUGCGGCAAGUCCUUCCGGGGGAGCUCGCACCUGAUUCGGCAUCAGAAAAUUCACACUGGGGAGAAGCUGUAGAAGGAGGAGCCUGCACCAAAGCUUGGAAGCCUUUGCCAGAUGGGGAGGCGAGCUAGAAGAGAGAACUGGCUUUCAGUCUUCUCAUUCCCAUGUUUGACUCCCAGAAUCCAGAAGAAUAAAUGUCAAGUGAGGGAAAGUGGUUAAACCCAGGAAAAUGGCAGAUUAAUUCUUUAAGUCAGGCUGCAGUCUGGCACUCUUAGAAGGCAGAAACCCUGCUCACAGUCCCAAUCAGCUGAAGAAAAAUGAAUUCAAAAGUAGAUAUGGCAGCAGCAGAAUGGAAUUAUCUACCUGGGUCGGGCAUUGGUGGGGACAACCAGAACAGAUUAACAGAGCAAAGGAAGGUUUGGAAGGAUUGGUUUGGGCUCGGGGGUGAGGGUGGUGAGCCCCUGGGCAUGGUCUCUUAGCCCUCUCAUUAGCUUGAGGGCAGUUUCUGUCAGAUGGUUCUGUCAUAGGAGGGUAGAGGUUUGGUCCUGUGACCACAGGAUGUUUGAAUACCUGGCAGUGACUCAGUGUGGGUACAGGGCACUAUUGCCCUUUGGGAAUAACCCCUCCCUGAGACCCAGUGCCCCCAAGACCACAGUGUACCUUGGACAUCAUUAGGGCCCAUUUCUGGUCUUGCAGCUGUGCAGCCUCCUGUUUUUGCACCCUGGUGUCACUGGUGUCAGGGGAUGUGGGAAGCAGGGUGGUUUGGUGGAGGAGGCCCUGGUGUAGUCAGAAGGUCCAAGUUCAAGUCCCAGUUCCUCCUCCUCCUACCUGUGUGACCUUGAGCAAGUCCCAUACCCUCCCAAGGUCCUGUUUCCCAUCCGUGAGAUGGGGGUAGUGGAACCUGCUCACACACCCCCAAGGGUUGGUGCAAGGUUCACAUUCACAACAAGACCACUUGUGAAAGUGCUUUGGCAACUGAGCAGUCACAGGUGACCCCAAGUGACCCCUGCCCCAUCCAGAGGCAUGUUCCCCAUAGACCAGAGAAGCGUCCCUGUUCAGUUCCUGAAACAGCAGGGCUUGUAGCAAGCCCUCUCGUUAAACGUGGCUUUCCUUCAUUCCCUCCAGCUUGCGGCCUGGGCUGCGUUUGCCUGGUGACAUGGUCCCACACCCAGACGCUUCCUCUUGGAUGCCAUCCCAAGUCUCCCUUGGCAACAGUGUCAUCCAAAUUCCCAUAUUCUGUCUGCCCUUCCCUCCUGCCAACUGGAGUUCACCUGGGGAUUGUUUAAAAAGUUCCAUUGCUUGCAUCCUGCCUGUAUCAAUUCAGUGGGCAUCCCCAGAACUGGGGCCCCAGCAGGGGUAGGUUUUUAAAGUUCCCCAGAUGAUUAGAUUGUCAUAGCAUGUGGCCAGGCUGUGAGCCCUGUGCAGGGCUUUCAUGCAGUCCCCGACAGCUUCCAAAUGUCAUCCCACUCACUCUGACGGAGCUUGAAGGCCAUUGUGUCUCAUCUCCACACCUUCAGGGCUCUAGGAGUGGGCUCAGGCAGUAACGGUCAUGGUCAUCUGGCCAAUUGGCAAGUGUUUGUCCCAGGCCACGGGGGUCUCUUUAGUGUUGGGUCCCCCCAGGCUCCUCAGAGCUUGUAAAGAAAUAGCAGUCUGAGCUGUUUUAACAUUUUCCAAAAGUUUAUGGCUGGAAUCACAUGAACUCAUUGUGGUAAUGCUGGUUAUUUCAGCUGAUCAGAAGCUCAGCAUGGCAGUUAUGUAUAAUUUUGAUGAAUAAACAUGGGAAAGCCAUAAUUGUUACUUAGUAAGUGGGUCUUGGUAGGUUAGAGAUUUCAAAACACGGAUAUGAUGGGCUGGAGAGAUCACAGUGGAAAUCCCAGCCAUUCCUCUGCCUAGCCCCUGUCUUUGCUGCCUGAGUAUGUGAAACAUUUAACCAGCGGUUCAGUGUCCUCAGGACCUGCGGCACAACCAGCUGGAACAACUGGGCAGUGCCCUGGGUAUUGCCUGCAGGUGGCUGGCACCAAGGGUCUCAGUCAUUCAUCAGAAGUGAAGAGAGAAUGCUGAGACACACUUGGGACAGCAGGUGGUAUCAGGCUGGGGGACCUCGAAAGAUCUACCUCCUCUUCACCCCAACCCUAUUUCAACCUCAGCCUUGGUCAGGCUGAUCCUUACUGGGCAAAUGUCUGUUACCUACCUUUGCUCUCUCCCUCUCCAUCCCUUUGGUACCCCAGCCAAAUCGAUUUCUUAAAGCAUUACUUUGCACAUCACCGCUCUCCUUAAAACCAGCUUUCAGGAUCUUUUCUGCCCAUAACCCCUCAUUUCAGCCAAUCUGGUUCACCUCCUCUGAACAAGUCACAUGGAGUUUAGGCCGCCCCCUGCUGGAUGCCUUCUUCAUUUACUCUCAGCUUCCUAUAAUUCACUUUUUGCUGUUCUCACAUUUUGGAAUAUGCACUUUCUUUCUCCUUCCUCCCUGUCUUUCCUUUUCUUCUUUUUAUGUAACACGGGGAUUAAGACACCGCCCCCCCAAGGGUUAACAUAUACUCACAUAAAUAUGUUAAGACCAGAUAAUUUUUUUUUGGAAGUAUGAGCAGAGCCUCAUUCCUUCUGUUCAAAGUCUUUCA